UCUCCGGUUGGAAUUUCAAGCGUACUUUGGGAAAUCUCCAGCGUUCAGUCAUGGUGUCGGCAGGGUUGCAGAUGUUGGGCGCCGCCUUUUGCAUCAUCGGUUGGAUCGGGACCAUUGUGGUGUGCGCUCUGCCCCAGUGGAAGGUGACGGCCUUCGUGGGCAGCAACAUCCUCACGGCUCAGACGUCGUGGGAGGGCAUCUGGAUGAGCUGCGUGAUCCAGAGCACGGGCCAGAUGCAGUGUAAGGUGUACGACUCCUUGCUGGCUCUGUCCCGCGACCUCCAGGCCGCCCGCGCACUCCUCAUCAUCGCCAUCAUGCUGGGCGUCCUGGGCGUGCUGCUGUGCCUGGCGGGGGGCAAGUGCACCAACUGUGUGAAGGAUGAGAGCGCCAAGGCCAAAAUCUGCGUGGCCUCUGGUGUGGUCUUCAUCUUGGCGGGAGUGUUGUGCCUCAUCCCUGUGUGCUGGACGGCAAACACCAUCAUCAGGGACUUCUACAACCCGCUGACUAGCGGAUCUCAGAAGAGGGAGCUUGGGGCCAUGGUGUCUCAGGGCAUUCAGAUGAUUGGCAUCUCCCUGGCUAUGAUCGGCUGGUUCCUGGUCAUCAUCGUGUGCGCCCUCCCCAUGUGGAAGGUGACGGCCUUCAUUGGAGCCAACAUCAUCACGGCUCAGACCAUCUGGCAGGGCCUGUGGAUGAACUGUGUGGUGCAGAGCACGGGCCAGAUGCAGUGUAAGGUCUACGACUCCAUGCUGGCCCUGGCGCAGGACCUGCAAGCCGCCCGGGCCAUGAUCAUCAUCUCCAUCAUCACUGGGGUGUUCGGGGUCAUCCUGGCCAUCGCAGGCGGGAAAUGCACCAACUGUAUCGAGGAGGAGCGAGCCAAGGCCAGGACGUGCAUCCUCGCCGGCGCUUUGUUUAUCAUCUCCGGGCUUUUGUGUCUCAUUCCCGUCUCCUGGUCAGCACACACCAUCAUCACCAACUUUUACAACCCGCUGGUGAUCGCCGCCCAGCGCUACGAGCUCGGAGCGGCGUUGUACAUCGGAUGGGCGUCUGCGGCGCUGCUGCUGAUUGGAGGCGGUCUCACAUGCUGGAACUGCCCUCCCAGCUAUGAAGAACAUGCCCACUACGUACCCAAAUUCAGGCCUGUCAAGACGGCCUCCACUUCGAGAGAAUACGUCUGAACCAGUGCAUCACUGCGGGGAAAUUUGAAACGAAAGAAAUGGCUGAAGGUUGUGAACUGCAUUCUGUUUCGCUGCAACAGGAAGCAUAUCGGAUUGACUGUCACAGCGGAAUGGAAUGGAGCCAUCCAAAGUUGUCUGUAAACAAACAUGGGGGACAUACUACCUAACAUCAGAAGCCUGCUGAUGGACCAUUCAAAGUUGUCUGUAAACAAACAUGGGGGACAUACCUAACAUCAGAAGCCUGCUGAUGGACCAUUCAAAGUUGUCUGUAAACAAACAUGGAGGACCUCUUACCUAACAUCAGGAGCCUGCUGAUGGAAGCUGCAAUAACUAAUUCUCUGUUAGAAAAAAAAUGUUAAAGCAGUCGCACUCUGUGACCAAUAAAACAAAAUGCUUAUCUUUUGUCCUUUCACGGAAUUUGCCGAAAUUUUAAAUUGUCCUGUGUGUUUUAAAGUUUGUGAUUUUGUGUUUCUGUAAAUAAACCAUAAAUGAUUACACUUUCUUUCUCCCAAAUGAACAAAUCCAGCAUACACACUGACCAUAUUCAAGUGUUUAUGUAGCAGCUGUUAGUUGCAGAAUGUAUAUGUUCUUCUUUCCACCACUGAGAGGCAGCAUAUUACCUCCACUUUCCAGAAAAAACUCAAGACCAGUUGAUUUGCAUUCCAAUGAUCGUCAACAAAAAAGGAACGUGUGUGUUUUUUUCCCCCUUCCUGUUAUUAAUUACAUAUAUGGACGAUGAUGAUGUCAUUGAUGUGCCGAUGUGUUGAAAUAGAUACCCUGCCUGUCAUUGGCAUUUUAUGUCAGACUUCUUUUUGCCUCCCUGAACCAUCAUUCAGAUGCUUAUCUUUGCUGGGAACUGACAAAGUUUGGGGCUUUGUGUCACGCUUUGGGUUAAACACAGACUUCUUUUUCCCAUACAGUCAGAAAAUGUGUCAGAACACUCAGCUUGUUUAUUUGUAAAAAAAACAAAAAUGUAGAAAUCAUAAAUUUGUUCUAUACCUAAUUUAAAUAAUUGAUUUAAUUAUUUGUGGAAUUUGCCUGAUGAGUGAUAAAUAAAGUAUAUCCUAUUCUUAAGUGUACAAAGGUAUUUACUUGUAAAUGUACACCCACUUACCAAACAGAACACCCGUGUCAAACUCAAGGCCCGCUACAUCGUUUUUGGUGGCUCGUGAAAUGU